AUGCAACACAUCACAACAAUCGUAAAUCCAUCGACAAUUCCUGCUGAUGAAACUUCAGAGUCAGCAGAUACACCAGUUAAUAGUAUCGACAGUGGUAAGCUAGUAUUGUCCUCGACUUCAUCCACGAAACAUACGAGGGACUCGUCCUUGGCUCGAGCUGGAAGUCUGCAGAGAGUUGUGCGAGGAGACUGCAGCAGGACUGCAGAGGAAUGUGCUAUGCUCAUCCUACAGGCCUCAGUGAUUGGUCAAAGAUGGAUCGAUGCUCUCGAGAGCAUUGCCAAUAUCUCCAUCCUCCUAACAUCAUUAAGGAUCGACUUGUCAUGGCAGGCAAGCAAUAUGGCCAGCAAGGCUGUUGCAUCGAAAACCAAUGUUGGUAUCACCUCUAGUGCCCUACACUCUCAGCCAUUGAUGCUGGAGUCUCGUGGUCUACCUCCUCAUCUCCUGGGCUCAUUAGGUCCAAGAAUUCCUCACUUUUUUUCACAAACGGUUUAAUCUAAACUAGAUACAAAGGCUCAUCAAUUACUUGAAGGUCUCCAAUGUGUUGAAGACGAGAGUGUCCAAUUACAGUCAUGUAUUGAGAUAGGACAACUACUAGUUAUGGGAAAUGAGGAUACUUUAAGUGGAUUUCCAGUCAAAGAGGCAGUACCUGCAUUAGUCACUUGCUUUUCAAUGGAACACAAUUUUGAUAUGAUGAUGAAUGCUUGUCGUGCACUCACCUAUAUGAUGGAAGCUCUCCCUCGAUCAACUGUUGUGGUAUCUGAUGCCAUUCCUGUGCUAGAGAAACUGCAGAUCAUACAAUGUAUGGAUGUUGCAGAGCAGGCAUUGUCAGCACUGGAUAUUCUCUCUUUAAAACAUAGCAAGUCAAUUUUGCAAGCUGGUGGAGUCAACGCUUGUCUGUUGUAUUUGGAUUUUUUCUCAUUGAACACACAACGUUCAGCUCUUAGUGUAGCUGCAAACUGUUGUCUGUCAGUGGCAGAAGAAGACUUCCAACUUGUGACAGACAGUAUCCCUAUCCUUUCUAAUCGUCUCCAACAUCAGGAUAAAAAGUCUGUUGAAAGCUGUUGUCUAUCUUUCUCAAGACUAGUAGAUAAUCUUCAUAAUCAUCCAAAAUUAUUGCAAGAAAUAGCAUCACAAGGUCUACUACCCAAUAUUCAAAAUUUGUUGAUGAUGUCACCGUCAAUAAUAACAUCGCACAUGUUUGUUGUGGUCAUAAGAAUGCUCUCAACAUUAUGUUCAGUAUGUCCUAUAUUAGCUGUAGACAUGUUUGAAACUAAGUUAGAGAAGGCUGCUGAUGAAGAUCCUAGAUUACUUGCGUAUGUGCUGAACCUUCACUUUCCAUUGGGUUUCUACAAUCACCUAGUAGCAGUACUUUAUGAAGUGUUCAGUAAUAUGGCUAUGGUCACUCCUAAGAAACCUGAACAAACCAAACCAUCUGUACCACCACCUUCAGCAGUAAUAUCACCUCCUCUACCUAUCCCUCCUCUGGCCAUGUCAAUGCCACACCCAUCUUCUAGUGCUCCUAUACCUCUUACUACUGAUAGUGGUAUUGGGUCUGUAGACUCACCCAGCACUGCACGAAGCUCUGAUGACAGUGAGUCUGAAGAUGCUAUGGUCCAUUUCUCUUUCCAUUUGAAUGUCGUCAAACUCUCUUUUACUUCACAACAUUUUGAUCGUGAUAGAGGAAUUACACGCUCCAGGGAGGGUCUCUUAAUGCAAGCUGAGAAAAUUAUGGAAGAGGUAGCUUCUAGUAGAGCUCUUCUGGAGGUCCAGUAUCAGGAUGAGAUAGCUGAUGUUGCUGUAAAGAAACAUCAACUAGAGAACGAUCCACUAUUGAAUAAAGUGCAAGAGAUGGAUGAGACUGGUUGCUCCGAGAUCGAUCUGCUUUUCUACCAAUGCUAUGCGAGAGCUAGUGGGAUCUCCAGGAGUAACUCACACGCUUCAAAUUUUCCAGACCGGAGUCCUCUAGAAGAGGAUUAG